ACCAACAGUCAGUAGUCGCAUUGCAGACAUUCGCGAGUGAAGCUUUUUUUUAUAGCUCGCGUGCGCGAAAAUGUGCAAGUAAUAAUUAUUUUAAUACUAAACGAAGAGUUUUAUGUAAAUAGUGCGAAACACUUUAGCAAUGGUUGUAUUACAUUGGGAUAUGCGCAAAUGAUGCUAGGAGUAGAGGGUGUGACCGACGCCGAGGAUGCUGCAAAACUAUUGAGAAUGUCACCGCUACGACACAGUCUGGGUUCGCACGAUAUUGUAAAUCAAGUAGCAUGUGAUGCUCACAGAAAUUCCAAAGACUUAAGUGGUUGGAAUGGGAGUAUAUCGCAGCGAUGGAGGAAACUAAGGAGAUGUUGCGCCUCACUGAGGACAUCCAGCGCGCACAACAGCCCAGAAACAUCUCGCAAUGCGUUAUUAGAAACGGAAAGUCCGCGUAUUCUAGUCACAACCCCACACAGCAGUUCAUCCCUACGUCUUCCAGGCAAGCGGGAAUCUGUACAGGAAGUCCUCAGGUCAAAGUUAAAUAGAAUUCACGCAGGAUUAAGGAAGCGGCGAGCGCUCAGCGUUCAAGAGGUCUUCAGCAACGGUAGUCCUGUUCACGAGCAGCCCACAUUUUAUGUACCCUCCCCUAACGGAAACAACGCCACGAUAAAAACUAUCGAUAACUGUGAUAAAGUAGAACGUAAGGUUAAAGAAAAUCGGCGCAGCAGAUCUCGUUCCCGGUUUAGCAUAAACGGCAAUAACGAAUUUAUCAUCGGCACUGAUGGUGGUUAUCAUAGCUACGAGAGCCAAGGGUACGACUCCCUCCCGUUCGAACCCGAACCAGAUUACGACGAUCCUCCCCUAACAACAAAUAGCUGCAAUCGCAGAUGGUCAAUGGCGGAUACCUUCAUGAUGUACAAAAAUUUCUGUCGGCAACCGCACGUCAUACAUACCAAAGAGUCCGACUCCGGUCCCGCUUCAUUAACAUUAGUGCAUAAAGAAACAUCGAAUAGUAAAAUAAUUGAAACCACUAAUCGAAUACCGAAAGCCAAACUUUCAAAAAGUCGCGAACGGACCCGCUCACAUUCUCCGGCCAAAAAUAAAAAUGCGAAACAGAUCGACACGUCGUCGUCGUCGGUAAGCGUAACCAAAGAAACAAAUACGAAAAAUUAUAAUUCUAAGGUAGUUGCAUCUAAAAGUCAUUAUGGGUUUAUUAGUCCUGAACAAAGACCGGAAGUUAAUCCGAAUGUCGAUUACGCCCGGAUGAGCAAGGAGUGCAAACAGGUAUGUCGCUUUAUUAGAUUUGUUAAUCGUUUCCCUUGCGUAAUUGAUCAGGACUGGCUCGAGGAGUUAGAAGAAGAAGAAGAGGAAGAGGAGAGCAAGUUUUGCACACUACCUCGGAACGGUGGUAGCGCCUUCACUAUUUGCCAAAUAACGUUUCACAAAGGGCCUGGGUAUAAAGCUUUAGGCUUUAGCAUCGUCGGCGGCACCGACUCUCCUAAGGGUAGCAUAGGAAUCUACGUAAAAACCAUUUUCCCUAACGGCCAAGCGGCCGAUAGUGGAACAUUAAAAGAAGGUGAUGAAAUAUUAACCGUUAACGGUACAGUCCUUCACGGCUUAUCGCACCAGGAAGCGAUUGGCGUAUUCAAAAAGAUAAGAAUGGGUUCUGUGCUUCUUCACGUUGGUAGAAGAGUAGUCCGCAAACGCAAAGAACGAUUUCCGCCCGUGGUCUAAAUGCAUUCCUUAGCUUUAAAUAAUAUAUUCCAAAGAUUCACCACAGUUGCGUAAUGUAUAAUUAAUAUUUUAUUAUUAAUACCUAUAUUUUCUAACUUUUAUACGUAUUUUGCUUAUCUGAAUAAAAUGCAAGAGUUCAUUAGAA